AUGAAGUCCGACACGCGUAUCCUCAUCAUCGGCGCCGGCGCCUUUGGCACCUCCACCGCCCUGGCUCUCGCGCAACGCUCCUAUACCGACAUCACAGUCCUCGACCCGCACGCGCUGCCCUCCGUCGACGCCGCCGCCACCGACAUCUCCAAGGUCAUCCGCUCCGACUACAACGAGCCGCUGUACGCGCGUCUCGGGCUGGAAGCCAUCGCGCAGUGGCGCUCCGACCCCCUCUUUCAGGAUCUGUACCAUGUUCCGGGAUGGAUCUUGAGCGCCCGGGAGAAGAGCGUGCCGUUUGUGGAGGGCAGCGUGCGCACGGCGCAGAGGAUGGGUGUCCAGGUGGAGAGGCUGGAGAAGAAUGAGGUGAGGAGGCGGUGGCCGUUGGUGACGGGGGAUUUGGAGGGGUGGAAUGCGAACGUGUGGAAUCCGAUGGCCGGGUGGGCGGAGGCCGGGGAGGCGUUGAGGAGGGUGGGAGUGGCGGCGCAGAGGAGCGGGUGUCGCUUUGUGAGUGGCGAGAAGGGCAGGGUGGUGGAGCUGGUCUACGGGGAAGACGGAACCUGUAAGGGCGCGAGGACGGCCGAUGGGACGGCGUACGUGGCGGAUGUGGUUGUGAUGGCGGCUGGGGCCUGGACGCCGGGCUUGCUGGAUUGCAAGGGUCAGUUGACGGCCAAAGGCCACAGUGUGAUUCACAUCCAGAUGGGAGAAGAGGAGGCCAAGCGCUACGAGAAGUUGCCGAUUAUGGAUAACCUGGAGUUGGGUUAUGUCUUUCCGCCGAACAAGGACCGGAAAUUCAAGAUGGCUCAUGGGCAAUUCGUGGUCAAUACCAUGGCAAGCCCGAAGACGGCGGUAAUGACGUCGUUGCCACAUACAUUCGUGGAACAUCCCGAGGAUGAUCUGCCGCCUGUACUUCAGAGAGCGAUGCGAGCGAAUUUGCGGAAGAUAUUGCCAGAGCUGGCGGACCGGCCGUUUUGCUUCACACGCCUGUGUUGGGACGUUGACACCGCGGACCGGCACUUUUUGGUCGCACCGCAUCCGGAGCACAAGGGCUUGUUUCUUGCAACCGGCGGAUCUGCACACGGCUUCAAAUUCCUGCCUGUGCUUGGCAAGUACAUUGCCGACCUGCUAGAGGGCAAGCUGGAGGAUGGCAUCAGGAAAAGCUGGGACUGGCGCCCUGGACAGGUUGUUGAGAAAAGGGAUCUUGCGCAUAUGGACGAUGAACUUGAGCUCCGGGAUCUGGUGGGAUGGCGGGGUUCCAAGAAGGAGAGACUCACUAUCAGGCAGGCGAGGCUGUAG